AUGACAUUGGCUACUGAAUUUGCUGAGACUACACGUCGCUCUGCUUCUAAUCCAGAAAUGAGAAAAAGGGUAAUACAUUUAUAUCGCAGAUACAUAAGAAACUCUAAAGAAUUCUGUGAUCUUUAUGAAUUGGAUAUGCCUGUUUCAAAUGUCAAGACUAAGAUUAGGCAAGAAUUUGAAAGACAAAGGUUUGUCAAUGACUUGAAUGUUACGAAUGUUUUGUACAUGAAGGGCCAGAUGGAAUUUCAAGAAUUGGUGAACUUCUGGAAACAACAAUGUCAUGUAAUGAGGUAUUUUGAGGACCAAGGUGACCAAGGGGUAGUUGAAAGAAACGGAUUCGUGAAAAACUUUUUAAGAGGUAACUAA